CUCACCACCAGGACGGGGGUGUGCGUGCGUGCGUGUGUGUGUGUGUGUAUGAGAGAGCGGCUCCACUGGCUGGGCUUGAACGUUGCGAUGAUAAAAGACGCAUAUAUGCGGUAGGCAACACACCUAUCACUGUGCGAAAUACCCAAGAAGCAGCCUCAAGACGCUCCUCCUCGCACCUUUAACCACUUGGAUUGAAGUGCCAGCAGCAUCAUGUCCAGGCCAAAAGGGGCCGGCGUCAACGAUGUCACCCGCUUACUCUCAUCGGGGGUGGGACCGGGCUCCCCCACCGCCAACUCCCCAAUGUUUUCCGCCGCCAGCCAGGCCGACUGGGCGGCCAAGCGGCUGGUGUGGGUGCCGUCGGAGAAGCACGGCUUUGAGUCGGCCAGUAUCAAGGAGGAGCGCGGCGACGAGGUGGAAGUGGAGCUGACGGACACCCAGAAGCUGCUGACGCUGUCCAGGGAGGAGAUCCAGCGGAUGAACCCGCCGCGCUUCAGCAAAGUGGAGGACAUGGCCGACCUCACCUGCCUGAACGAAGCCUCAGUGCUGCACAACCUCAGAGAGCGAUACUACUCUGGCUUGAUCUAUACAUAUUCCGGGCUGUUCUGCGUGGUGGUGAACCCUUACAAGAACCUGCCCAUCUACACAGAGACCAUCGUGGAGAUGUAUCGAGGCAAAAAGCGCCACGAGAUGCCGCCGCAUAUUUAUGCCAUAUCAGAGGCGGCCUAUCGGAGCAUGCUUCAAGACAGAGAAGAUCAGUCAAUCCUUUGCACGGGCGAAUCCGGUGCAGGGAAAACGGAAAACACAAAGAAAGUCAUUCAGUAUUUGGCUCAUGUGGCCUCUUCUCACAAGGGUGGAACUCUGGUUAGGAGUAAAGAAGCUUUACCGAUGGAUGGUUCUCGGUCUUUAACCCGAGGCACCACUGUGGCCAACAGGGGAGAGCUGGAGAGACAACUCUUGCAAGCCAACCCCAUACUGGAGGCUUUUGGCAACGCAAAAACUGUCAAGAAUGACAAUUCCUCAAGAUUUGGUAAAUUCAUCCGCAUUAAUUUUGACGUGGCGGGAUACAUCGUUGGUGCCAACAUUGAGACCUACCUCCUGGAAAAGUCCCGGGCCACCCGUCAGGCCAAAGACGAGCGGACGUUCCACAUUUUUUACCAGCUGUUGCACGGAGCCUCCGAAGAAACAAAAAAGGACCUGCUCUUGGGGACUGCAGACCAGUACCGCUUUCUCAGCGGGGGUUCUAUAAAUGUUCCUGGUCAAAGUGAUGCUGAGAACUUCGCCCAGACCAUGGACUCCAUGGCCAUAAUGGGCUUCAACCCAGACGAGUUGAUGUCCAUGCUGAAGGUGAUCUCUGCCGUGCUCCAGUUUGGGAACAUUUCCUUCACACAGGAGAAGAACCACGACCAGGCGUCUAUGCCCGACAACACGGCGGCCCAGAAACUGUGCCAUCUGCUGGGUAUCAACGUGCUGGAGUUCACCCGAGCCAUCCUCACGCCAAGGAUCAAAGUGGGUCGAGAGUAUGUGCAGAAGGCCCAAACCAAAGAACAGGCUGACUUUGCUGUGCAAGCCUUGGCCAAGGCCACGUACGAGCGUCUGUUCAGGUGGCUGGUGCACAGGAUCAACAGAGCUCUGGACCGCAGACAACGACAGGGAGCCUCCUUCAUCGGCAUCCUAGAUAUCGCUGGAUUUGAGAUCUUCCAGCUGAACUCCUUCGAGCAGCUGUGCAUCAACUACACCAACGAGAAGCUGCAGCAGCUCUUCAACCACACCAUGUUCAUCCUGGAGCAGGAGGAAUACCAGCGUGAGGGCAUCGAGUGGAACUUUAUCGACUUUGGCCUGGACUUGCAGCCCUGCAUCGACCUCAUUGAAAGACCAACCCACCCGCCUGGUGUUCUGGCCCUGCUGGAUGAAGAGUGCUGGUUCCCCCGAGCCACGGACCGAUCCUUCGUAGAAAAGCUGACCGGUGAGCAAGGCAGCCAUCCAAAGUUCUUCAAGUCAAAGCAGCCCCGCGGUGAAGCCGACUUCUCCAUCAUCCACUACGCUGGCAAGGUUGACUACAAGGCCGAUGACUGGUUGGUAAAAAACAUGGACCCUCUGAACGACAACGUGGCGUCACUUCUCCAUCAGUCAUCCGAUCAUUUUGUGUCCGAGCUGUGGAAGGAGGAUAUUCAAACUCUACCUCGUGUCUACUUCUUUGACUCCUACACCACAGUGCAGGCAAAUGGCUCGGACAUGGACCGCAUCAUCUGUCUGGACCAGGUGUCCACAGGGGAGAACAGUGGACAGGUCUCGUUCGGAGGAUCGGGGCUGAAAACCAAGAAGGGAAUGUUCAGGACGGUUGGGCAGCUCUACAAAGAGUCCCUCGCCAAGCUCAUGACCACGCUGAAGAACACCAAUCCUAACUUCCUGCGCUGUAUCAUUCCCAACCACGAGAAGCGGGCUGGCAAGCUGGACCCUCAACUGGUUUUGGACCAGCUGAGGUGUAAUGGGGUCCUUGAAGGGAUUCGUAUCUGUCGACAAGGCUUCCCGAACCGCAUCCCAUUCCAGGAGUUUAGACAGAGAUAUGAGAUUCUGACUCCCAACGCUAUUCCUCGCACCUUCAUGGACGGCAAACAAGCGUCAGAGCUCAUGAUCAAAGCGUUGGAGCUGGAUCCCAACCUGUUCCGGGUGGGUCAGAGUAAAGUGUUCUUCAGAGCCGGCGUACUGGCUCACCUGGAGGAGGAGAGAGACUUGAAGAUCACAGACACCAUCAUACGCUUCCAAAGUGCGGCCAGAGGCUACCUGGCACGCAAGGCCUUCAUGAAGAAGCAGCAGCAGCUGAGUGCUCUCAGGGUGAUGCAGAGGAACUGUGCCGCCUACCUCAAACUCAGGAACUGGCAAUGGUGGAGGCUUUUCACAAAGGUGAAGCCGCUCCUGCAGGUGACCCGGCAGGACGAGGAGAUUCAGGUCAGGGAGUCGGAGCUGCUGAAGGCCAAGGAGAAACUCUCCCGAGUGGAGCAGGACUUCACCGAGCUGGACAAGAAACACACUCAGCUGAUGGAGGAGAAGGCGGUGCUGGCCGACCAGCUGCAGGCAGAGGCAGAGCUGUUUGCAGAGGCGGAGGAGAUGAGGUCCAGGCUGGCCAGCCGCAAACAAGAGCUGGAGGACGUGCUCACCGAACUGGAGAGUCGCUUAGAGGAGGAGGAAGAGAGAGGAGCGCAGCUGACUAACGAGAAGAAGAAGAUGCAGCAGAAUAUUCAGGACCUGGAGGAGCAGCUGGAGGAGGAGGAAAGUGCCAGACAGCGCCUCCUGCUGGAGAAGGUCUCCCUGGAGACCAAAGUGAAAAGUCUGGAGAGUGACCAUCUGACCGCAGUGGAGCAACGAGAUCGCCUCAGCAAGGAGAAAAAACAGCUGGAGGAGCGUCUGAGCGAGUUGACCGACCAACUGACCGAGGAAGAGGAGAAACGCAAAAGUCUGAACAAACUCAAGAACAAACAAGACGCCGUCAUCGCUGACCUAGAAGAUCGCCUCAAGCGUGAGGAGCAGGGCCGGCUGGAGCAGGAGAAGUGGAAGAGGAAGAUGGAGACGGAGGCCAUGGAGGCACAAGAGCAGCUGUCGGACCUCGGCAUGAUGUCGGGCGAGCUGAGGGGGAGUCUGACCCAGAAGGAGAAAGAAAUAACCACCAUGCAGGGCCGGCUGGAGGAGGAGGGCACACGCCGCGCGGAAGCUCAGAGGGCGCUGAGGGAGGCCAUGUCUCAAGUGUCGGAGCUGAAGGAGGAAGUGGAGAACGAGCGAGGGAUGAGAGAGAGGGCGGAGAAACAGAAGCGAGACAUGGGAGAGGAGCUGGAGGCUUUGAGGACUGAGCUGGAGGACACCCUUGACACCACAGCUGCUCAGCAGGAGCUCAGGUCUCGUCGGGAGGCGGAGUUAGGCGAGCUCCAACGUUGCGUGGAGGAUGAGACGCGCCGCCACGAGUCCCAGCUGUCCGAGCUCCGGGUAAAACACAGCGCCGCCAUAGACAGCCUUCAGGAGCAGCUGGACAAUGGCAAGAGGGCGCGCCAGUCCUUGGAAAAGGCCAAGAUGGUGCUGGAGGAGGAGAGGCAAAAUUUGAGCGCAGAGCUGAAGAACCUCCAAGCCAGCCGCACGGAGAGCGACAGAGGUCGUAAGAGGGCUGAAGGUCAGCUGCAGGAGCUCAUCGCCCGCCUGGCUCAGGCAGACCGAGAGAAGGAGGAACGAGAGGAGCGAAUGCACAAGCUGCAGGGUGAAAUCGAGACUCUCUCCGGCAAUUUGUCCUCCUUUGACAGCAAAGCCCUCCGUCUGUCCAAAGAAGUCAGCAGCCUGGAGAGCCAGCUGCAUGACGCACAGGAACUGCUGCAGGAGGAGACCCGCCAGAAGUUGUCUCUGACAUCCAGGGUGCGAGGGCUGGAGGAUGACAGGAAUGGCCUGAUGGAGAGAGUAGAGGAGGAAGAAGAGAAGGCCAGGGAGUUGACGCGGCAGAUCCAGACUCACACUCAGCAGCUCUCUGAGAUGCGCAAGCAGUCGGAGGAGGUGAACACGGCGGUGGAGGCCGGCGAGGAGGCCCGCAGGAAGCUGCAGCGGGAGCUGGACAGCGCCGUCCAGAAGGAGCGGCAGCGAGAGGAGGAGAAGGAGCGCGUGGAGAGGCAGCGGGAGCGGCUGAGGGAGGAGAUCGAGGACAUGACUCUGGCCCUGCAGAAGGAGAGGCAGAACUGCACGGCUCUGGAGAAGAGGCAGAAGAAGUUUGACCAGUGUGUGGCCGAGGAGAAGGCAGUGAGCACUCGUCUGGCUGAAGAGAGAGACCGAGCAGAAGCAGACAGUCGAGAAAAGGAGACGCGAUGUCUCGCCUUGACCAGAGCGUUGCAGGAGGCCCAGGACCAAAGGGAGGAGCUUGAGAGGUCCAACAAGCAACUUCGUCUGGAAAUGGAACAGUUGGUCAACCAGCAGGACGACGUGGGCAAGAACGUCCACGAGCUGGAGCGCACACGCAGGACUCUGGAGACGGAGGCCGAGAGCCUCCGCGCUCAGACGCAGGACCUUGAAGAGGAGCUGGCCGAGACGGAGAACUCCAGACUGAGGCUGGAGGUCACACUGCAGGCACUCAAGGCUCAGUUUGAGAGGGAGCUAAGCAGCAGCGAGGAGAAGGGCGAGGAGAAGAGAAGAGCCCUCAGCAAGCAGGUGAGGGAACUGGAGAUCCAGUUGGAGGAGGAGCGGACUCAGCGUUCCCAGGCCGUCUUGUCCAAGAAGCAGCUGGAAGCGGAGCUGCAGGAUUCCGAGGCUCAGAUGGAGACAUCCAGCCGCAGCAAGGAGGAGGCUGUCAAGCAUCUGCGGCGGCUGCAGGGCCAACUGAAGGACGUGCUCCGAGAGCUGGAUGAGACCAAGUUGAGUCGUGACGAGGUGAUCUCGCAGUCCAAAGACAACGACAAGAAAAUUCAAACCCUGGAGGCUGAAGUCCUGCAGCUGACCGAGGAGCUGUCAGUGUCUGACCGCCAGAGGAGACAGGCUCAGCAGGAAAGAGACGAAAUGGCCGACGAGAUGGUCAACAACAGUUCUGGAAAGACGGCGCUGUUUGAGGAGAAACGAAGGCUAGAGAUGCGAGUCAGCCAGCUGGAGGAGGAGCUGGAGGAGGAGCAGACAAACUCUGAGCUUCUGACCGAGAGGCACAGAAAACUGGCGCUACAGGUGGAGACGAUGACCGUGCAGCUGCAGGGCGAGAAGACCCUGUCCCAGAAGGCAGAGGCGGGCCGGGAGCAGCUGGAGAGGCAGAACAAGGAGAUGAAGACCCGGCUGGAGGAGCUGGAGGGAACCGUGAGGGGCAAACACAGGCUCAGCGUUGCCGCCCUGGAGGCCAAGAUAGAAUCCAUGGAGGAGCAGCUGGAACAAGAAAGACAGGAGCGCGGCAUUGCCAACAAGCUGGUGAGGAAGACUGAGAAGAAGCUGAAGGAAGUGGUGAUGCAGGCAGAAGAUGAGAGGAGGCAUGCCGACCAGUACAGAGAGCAGCUGGAUAAGGCCAUGGUGCGCCUGAGGCAGCUGAAGCGGCAGCUGGAGGAGGUGGAGGAGGAGAACUCGCGCUCCAACGCCCAGAAGAGGAAGCUGCAGAGAGAGCUGGAGGAGCUGGCGGAAAACAGCCAGAGCAGAAUGCGCGAGAUCAGCAGCCUCCGCAACCAGCUCAGCGUCCCUGAAUGGAGACCAGAGCAGCGCGCUCCGUUGCCCCUGGCGAUGCGCGGACGCAGGCCGAUGGUGGACGACUACUCCUUAGACAACUCUGACUCGGAGGAGUUGCCCGCCUCCCCGACGCCCUCCCCUGGGCCGCCCCGGACCCGGACCCCGACCCCGUCUUCUGAGCUCGGCUUGGAAAGUGCACCCACUUACAACAACGCACACCAAUGAUGUACAAUAGCUUGUUCAAAUAAAGCAAGUGCUUUAUGAGCAAUAACACCAUUUCUGUUGCUGUCUAGGGCGGGGGUGUCCACUAAAGUUCACUUUGAUACAUUUUGUACCCAAAAGAUACCCAAAUGUAGGUCAAGGCAUGCUCAACGAUCUCAGCAAAACAUCUUGCGUGACAAAGCUGAUGUUAUUUUUACAAUAAAAUGCUCCCCUUGCCUCACUUUGGACACCCCCACUCUAGGAUGAUGCUGAAAAAUAAAAGAUUUGACCACUCACUACAUUUUUUUAAGGUGAAAAAACUAGAUGAAAUGGCUUGGGGCUGUGUUUAACCUGUGAUGGAAAUGAACGUGCAGUCCAGGCGCGGGUGGUCCUCGGCUUAAAAACGCUGCAAUUCAACACAACCGGACGUACCAUUUUUUGUGGCCGUGCAAUUUGUGACCUCGCGUUCCGCGCGGGCUCCGUGUGAAGGUUUCAACGAACGACACGCGAGCCGUACGUUGUGCGUACCGGAAACACGAUUGGUUCUGCGCAUGCGUGAGACCUACGUCACUUCCUCCUUAGAGCUCCCGCGGCGUCACGUGCCGUGUUAUUUUUUUCAAUUCAUGAACGUAAACGAUGAAUAAGCAUGCUUAGAAUGUGUAGUAUAGCAUAUGGGGGGCAUGAAGAUGGUCUUUCUUCACCAACCGUGACCUCAUGCGGCGUAUACGUCAUAUCUGCUCACGUAAAGAACAAUAUGCAUUGCAUCAAAUGGAAAUACAUAUUUACCAGAAAUUAGCUGCUACUUUUUUCUUAAACUUGAACCCGGCGGCUAAUUUAUGGCUAAAUUCUAAUCUCGUGACAUCUCCCAUACUUCACAACUACUGCUGAUUGUUUCAAUACUGUGCUGCUCCCAAGUCAGUGAGGAAACGGUAGCUUUCUUCAGCAGGAGCCAAUCACUCACAUCGAGCUUCAACCCAUCGGACAUGGCAUGAGGUCGCUGUAUGUAACCGUACAACACCAUAACAGUCUGACUCAGGGUGGCAGCGUACAAAUAACACUAAACUAGCAACGAAACACUCAAAAUGUAUUCAGUACAUGAGAAAUAUACAAACAUGCAUCAAUGCGAGUUUAAAAUGGGGGAAAAAAACAACCCUUAAAGUUUUGCCGUGCAUUGCGUCUGAGCGACCCAUUCAUUGGGGAGCGCUGCAAUGACAUUAAGCGGCUUCAACGCCGGUGCGGCUUACAUAUGCACGCGGGGAGUCCGCAAGUGCAAUGUACGGGAAAAACUGACAAAGCAAAAGGUAUGCGUCGGACGUACGGACGAAGGCGUACUGCGGCCGGUCCAGGGCUCAAAACCUGUAUGUCUUUCUUGGGGGGGGGGGGUCACACGUAAUCCAGCCGCAGGAUCCCGUGCGGGUUGUGACCCAGGCUUUAGAUCUCCUUGUAACAGCGCACAGAAUCCAUGACCCAGUCAAUCGUCUUUGUCCUUAAACGAUGGCGGGCGUUUCAUGGUGUUCGUUUUCACUUCCGUAGAUGAUGCCGUUCCUUUUCUGUGGCGCACCGCCCGCUUGGUGAAGAGUCUGCCGUUUACGGGCCAAAAUGUACGUUUUGAAUUGGAGCGAGGCAACCCGAGGAGCACCUGUCAGCAAAAAGGGUAAAUCAAUCAAUCAAGGGCUGCUUCAAGAUGAGGAAACGCGGACAAUCCUGUGACUCGUCAACAUAAAGAAGCCAGAUUUUUUGGCAUGAUUACUCGCUCGUUUACACGCCGUGCUGUUUUUUGAAAAGCAUGUGGCCAAAACCCAAAAAUGGAGCGUUUUCAGCACACAAAAUAGAGGAUUGCACUUUUUUCCCCUCACCCGUACACAACAACGUUGUCCAAUAGCAAUACCGGAUCAAUAUACUCCACGUGAAAGGCCACCUAGAGGUCAUUUAUUCAACCUUUACUGCAUAGUCUUGUCUACGUCACAACGUUUUUCUACCGCAGCAACAUUCUCCAUUUUUUUUCUGUUUUUUUCAACUGAUACACUUUUUUUCUAAUUGACGAGCAUCUUGCACAUUUUUGAAAGCAUGUGAAUGAAAGCUGGCAAAGGACUAUGAAGUAAUAGUAAUAGUAACAGUAGUAGAUGGUAGCAGUAGCGUUAGCAUCCCUUCUGGAAUAAAUAAGAGGAUUGUAGUUUUAGGUUGAAAAAGAUGGGAAGUCACGAUAAGGAAUAAUUGUGCCCGAGCCAUCAAGCAAACAGGAAGUGAGCUCGUUUCUUUUCCGUCGUCGCCAUCAUUUUCUUUCCGGCCUGGAUAGCGCCGCGGAACUGGAAGUGGAAAAAAACCAGCUUAAGGGAUGAGCGUCUAACUUGCAGCAUACACAAUGGCGCUCUUUCUUUUGUCAACUGGCGCAAAUCAACAGGAAGGCCGCAGGUGCUUUUUGGUGGGCUUUUUGUGCCAAAAUGAUGUCCUUGUAAAACCAACUCAAUCAGUAUUCAUGUUUUGGAGGAACAAGUUGUAUUCAAUUGUGAACAAAUUUUCAUUAUUUAACAGAUUUUCAUUAUUUGAUGAUAAAACAAUAAAACACUUUUAAUAUAAUUUUACAAAUUGUGAACUUUAUCAAUGAAGAAAUACACUUCUUGAAAUAAAUACGCUAUUUUUUUUUUAAAUAAUCAGUGGUACAUUAAAUAAAUUGGUCAUGAAAUAAAUACAUCUGGCAACAUCUGAAAUGUCUGAAAAUGAAUACAUUAGUCCUGAAAUAACAUCAUGAAACAAGUCAAUUGGUCCUGGCACACAUUGGUCAAGAAAUAAAUAACUUGGUUGUAAAAUAAGUAAAUUGGUUCCAAUGCGUUAGUCAUUAAAUAAAUAAAUUGGUCAAGAAAUAAAUAAAUUGCCUAUAAAACAAGUAAAUUGGUCCUGGCACACAUUGGUCAUGAAAUAAAUAACUUGGUUGUAAAAUAAGUAAAUUGGCUCCAAUGCGUUGGUCAUUAAAUAACAAAGUAAACUGGUCAAUAAAUAAAUACAUUUUGUAAGCAAAAAUAGUUUUGCUUAUAACA